GAUAACAACAAUAACAUAUAGUUGAAGUUGAUUCUACUAUGGCUAGCGACACAGAGAUCAUGGGUGACUUAGAUAGCAACGAAGAAGGAUCCAGUUGCUCUGGUGGUAGUUACUUUAGAGACGAAGACUUUAACUGCGAUAGCGAGGACGGGCUGGAUCCAUAUGACGAUGUUCUUGAUUGGGAAGAGGAGGACUCGAUUGAAUCAGCUGGCGACACUCCACCCAGAGUCAAUCAAAAGAAGGACAGUGAAUCUGAGUCCCCAGAAGAACCAUGUGUUGAAACUGAAGAAACUUCACAUCCAGAACAACAUUUUAGCACAUCAGCUAAGAGGUCAAAAAACACCCACUGUCCACUAAAAAGAAAGCUGGCCUCAUUCCCGAAGAAGUCCAAAGUACCACGUCUCUCAACCCACAGAAAAACCCCUCCCUUCCCAUCAGAGUCAGAGGAGCCAUCCCAGCCCUGGAAAACCAAGGAAGACCCUGAUGAAGGUCCAAAGUCUUUGAGUUUUUCCCCCAGAAGACCCCCUGGAUCACAAUUAGAUCCUUCAUCUGUUUUCUCACCGUUAGAGCUCUUCAAAACCUUUUUUUCCAAGUCCACUGUCAGAACCCUCUGUGAAAAUACCAACAGCCAUGCAGCUAAAAACAUCUGUAAGGGCAAGAAAUUCAGGUGGACAGAUAUUACUCCAAAGGAGUUUUACAAAUUUCUUGGGUUGGUCCUUUUCAUUGCGCAGAUUAAGGCAAGAGCUAUCGGCGAUUAUUGGAAAAAAAAUUCAAUCUUCUCAAUUCCAUUUCCAGGAACUGUAAUGAACAGGGAUAGAUACAGAAUCAUAUCGUGGAACAUUCACAUGAGUGAUCCUGAUGAGGACGUUAUCAAUGAUCGUAAGAAGGGUACCCCCGAAUAUGACAAGUUAUUCCGUCUAAAACCAUUAAUGGAUGAGAUUCGUCUUGCUUGUAAGGCAUCAUACCACCCACACAGAAACGUGGCUGUAGAUGAACGCAUGGUGGCUUCAAAAGCAAGAAAUGGGUUGAGUGAAUACAUCAAGGCAAAGCCUAAUACAUUUGGCUUCAAGUUGUUUGUUUUAGCUGAUUCCAGCAAUGGUUACACAGUGGAUUAUGCUGUGUAUAUAGGCAAGAACACGUUCCCCUUUGGUUUUGGAAUUUGUUAUGAUGCAGUGAUGUCACUUGUUAAGCCAUCCUUUCUUGGGUCUGGUUACCAUGUGUACCUGGACAAUUACUACUCCAGCCCAAAACUGUUCAAGGACUUGUUUGACAUUAAAAUGGGAGCGUGCGGUAUCAUGCGUGAAGGCAGACAGGGUUUCCCAAAAUCUACAGAAAACGCCCUAACCAAGAAGUCCCCAAGGGGAACUCUGCGAUGGAUCAGGGAGGGUUCUUUACUGUUUGUGAAGUGGAAGGAUGCCCGGGACGUGUCCGUGGGAUCCACCAUUCAUAAAGCCUACGGAGGGGAAACCAUUAAACGAAAAAAGAAGAAUGGAAAAGGGUCUGUCAAUUCCAUUCCAGUUCCAACAGCGAUUUCACAAUACAAUAAGUACAUGGGAGGGGUUGACUUAUCAAAUCAGCUGAUCACAUACUUCUCAGCACACCGCACAACAAAAAGUUGGUACCGCACUCUCUUCUACCAUUUUGUGGACAUUGCUACGACUAACAGCUACAUCAUUCACAAGGAGAUGUGUAAGGCCAACAACAUGACGCCAAUGACCCACAAGGAAUUCAUGGAGCAGCUUGUUGCUCAGCUCUGUGAGGUGUCUCUUGACACCAAGGCCAAACCGAAGAGCACUGGACACACGCCUGUUCCCAUGAAGAUUGCGAAAGACAGAAGCCAGAGAGCUUCAGUCGGACGACAGAGAUGUAAAUUGUGCCAUAUAGAAGGUCGGAGAAAUGACACUCCCUGGAAAUGUAAUGAGUGUGAGGUGCCACUCUGUGUCAUUGCAGACAGGAACUGCUUCCACGUUUGGCACAACCUUAACGAACAUCCACUCGCUCCUAUUGAGAAUCAGUCUUCUGAUUCAGAGUAAAAGUAAUCAAGUGAAAUGGCAGCAGUUUGCCAAGUCUGAAUGAGUAGGACAAAGUUACAGUUAGUUUGUUUUUUGGGACUUAUUUAGAUGUUGUCUUCUGGAUUUAUCCAGAGCACCAAUAAGGUAAUUCAACUACAUGGAACUCAGCCACACCAUGUAACAUUACAAUCAUACAAAAUCAUACCUAAUACCCCAACAGGGCUUGUAAAGAUGCUAUUUGAUAUUGUAUACUGUAAGAUUAGUUGAUUUUAUGUUGUUUAUUAUUCCUUUAUUUACUUUGUUGUUAUAAUUAGUGUUUGGACAACAGGAAGAGUAGCUGUUGCUUUGGCAAGAGCUUAUAGGAAUAUAUUUUAAUACUUACAUAACCUGACUUUUCACUCUAACAAACAUUUAUUUUGAGGAUUCAUGAGACGCUGACUGUACAUAAAUGAACUAAAACGGUUCGUAGUGAAACUUUUUGACAAAUAACCUAGUAACUGACUGCAGUAUCUAAGAAUAAUUUGCAAUUGUCCUAGACAAUAUGUAUUUCUCCUUUCCACUGUGAAGUGAUGAUAUAUUUUCUAAAGACCAACGAGCUUAAUGUGCCUCAGAAAAAGUGAAUAAAGUCAUCCUAAACCACU